CAUUAGGGCAACAAAAAACUUUGGGUGGUUUCCAAUGUACAAAAGGCAAAAACAAUAGCCCAAAUCGGUACCUUGGCUAGUUUGUACUUUCACAACCAGCCUAGGAUUUAAAUUAGUAGUCCAAUUUGGCUGAAAACCCGCCAGCUGGAAUGGCUUCUGUAGCACGGGCCUUGCUCGACUCCUCUCUCCCUUGCAACAUGCCACUUUAGCUCUGCUGAAGUUUCCUGAAAGCUCUUAUAGUUUUCAGAACAGCCCAUUCCAUUUCUAAUUCUAGGGGGAAAUCGUUUUGAUUUUGAAAUGUGGGUCAGAUCUUGCCAGUACAGCAGAGGUGCGGCCAUAGAUGGCAAAGAUACGUGACACAAAAAUGUGCAACCCUGUCGUUUCAGCUACUUCCCAGGUCCUUCCUUCUGUGUAUGAAUGUUACGUUUGUGCUCAGGACCCCUCCCCUCGCUGACAGUGAGUUUAGGCCGGAGAGCGAGGGGGCGUGGCUAUAACUCUAGUACCGAGGAACUGACUGACUGGGUUACUAAGAGGAGCUGCUGGGAGAGAAGUGUCACAGUGGUUGCAGGGACGGUGUCUCAUUCGUGACUCAGGUAAUCCCCGCCAGUAAGAAUGGAAACAGAAAGCAAUGAAGACACCAAAGCUGUUUACAGGUGCUCCCACCCCCCUGGUACUAUAUUUUUGGAAGAAAAGGUGAAAAAACCCAUGAGGUUAAAGAGCCGCUUAGCUGAGAAAGUAAUGAAGAUGUGCAGCUGUUCUCCUGGGAAAGCCAAGGAGUUCUUGUUCAACUUCUUCCCAGUGUUAGAGUGGCUACCCUCCUACAAGCUGAAGGAAUACCUACUGGGGGACAUGAUGUCUGGACUCAUUGUGGCAAUACUAUUGGUGCCUCAGUCAAUCGCCUAUUCCCUUUUAGCAGGACAGGAGCCAAUCUUUGGCCUCUACACUUCGUUUUUUGCCUGCAUUAUUUAUUUCCUAAUGGGAACCUCUAGACAUAUCCAUGUUGGGAUAUUUGGAGUGCUGUGCUUGAUGGUGGGUGAGGUGGUGGACAAGGAACUACAAGUUGCUGGAUAUGACAGCCUGGACAGCCACAAAGGACAGAUGCUAGACACACUAAAUCAAAAUAUCACACAGGGCUUAUUUGAUCAGAAUCACACAGUGGCCAUGACCUGUGACAGAAGCUGUUAUGCAAUCACAGUUGGAGCCACUGUUACUUUUAUGGCUGGAGUCUAUCAGCUUGCAAUGGGGUUUCUUCAGGUUGGUUUUGUUUCGGUGUACCUUUCUGAUUCGUUGCUGAGUGGAUUUGCAACAGGAGCAUCUUUCACCAUCCUUACUUCUCAAGUGAAAUACCUCCUAGGUAUAAGUAUACCUCGUGUCAAUGGGAUUUGCUCAUUGAUAUACACCUGGAUUUACAUCUUCCAGAACAUUCACCUGACCAACAUUUGUGAUCUAGUCACCAGCAUUUUGUGCCUUCUUGUCCUCAUUCCUGCCAAAGAACUCAACGAGUGCUAUAAAUCUAAGCUCAAAGCUCCAAUUCCCAUUGAACUUCUUGUAGUUGUUGUUGCAACCCUUGCAUCACAUUUUGGACACCUUAAAGAGAAUUACGGCUCCAGCAUAGCAGGGACUAUACCCACUGGGUUUUUAAUGCCAAAAUCACCAGACUGGAGCUUAAUUCCAAAUAUUGCUUUACCUGCUUUAUCAAUUGCUAUAAUUGGGUUUGCAAUCACGGUCUCUCUGUCCGAGAUGUUUGCCAAGAAACAUGGGUAUGAAGUCAAGGCCAAUCAAGAGAUGUAUGCCAUUGGAUUUUGCAACAUCAUCCCAGCCUUUUUCCACUGCUUCACAACAAGUGCAGCUCUGGCAAAAACACUUGUGAAAGAGUCUACAGGAUGUAAAACCCAGGUUUCAGGGAUCAUGACAUCCUUAGUCCUUUUACUAGUACUUCUGGUCAUUGCACCUCUGUUUUUUUCACUACAAAAAUGCGUCCUUGGUGUUAUAACCAUCGUAAAUUUAAGAGGCGCACUUAGAAAGUUUCUAGAUUUACCCAAAAUGUGGAAGGUUAAUAAAUUAGAUACAACGAUCUGGCUAGUUACCAUGUUUUCUUCAGCUCUGAUCAGCACGGAGCUUGGUCUACUGAUAGGUAUUGCAUUUUCCAUGUUUUGCGUCAUUGUAAGAUCUCAGAGGCCUGUGGCAACUCUGCUUGGUCAGGUGGACAGUACAGAGGCCUAUGAAUCAAUUAAAGCCUACAAAAACCUUAAAAUCCCACAGGGAAUUAAAAUCUUUCGUUUUGAAGCCCCUAUAUAUUAUGUAAACAAGCAGCGCUUUAAGAUGACCUUGUACAAAUAUUCUGGUGUUGACCCAGUGUCACUGGCAACAGCUGAAAGAAAUAAAGCUAAGAAGAUAGAGAAAUUAAAAAGACAAGAUGGUAGUGUGGAGAUAAAAACUCCGGAAGAAACUACAGAGUGUCUCUACAAAGAGCAACAAUCAAUGCAUACCCUAAUCAUUGACUGUGGUGCCAUUCAGUUCAUAGACACAGCAGGAAUGAACACCUUGAAAGAGGUUCUUAAAGACUAUAAUGAUAUUGGUGUUCAGCUGUUGCUUGCUCAGUGCAACGUGACAGUAAAAGAUUCCCUUCGGAAUGGGGACUUCUUUAAACAGGAGGAAAGUACAGUGAUGUUCCACAGCGUACACCAAGCUGUCCAAUUUGCACUUCAUGUCCAGGAGCAAAGCAAUGCCUGUUUAAAUGGCUCUGCCGUAUAGUAACAUAAUGUAGCACAUAUUUGUAGAGAUGAUUCAAGCAAAAUUCAGAAAACUUCUGUGUUCCUUAGGGGUUGUAGGCCACGUAAUUUGUUUAAUAUGUGGAUACAACCUGCAGCACAUUCCAAAAAGGUGCAAAAAAAUUGUUGUACAAUCUUCAAUCACAGUGGACACUCUUUCCCCCCUUUACCAUUUGCCAUUAUAUGUUUGCGGGACAUUGGAAAAGAAGGGACUGUCUGGGGAAAAAUUAUGGAUAGCGUUUAGACUGAAGAAAGGGUCCUUAUAAAAGGUUAAUUUUACCUAUAAAGUAGAGAUAAUAAGUAAUAUGUACCUUCCGGGUAUAAUCAAAAUUCGCCAGCAUGUGAGUGCUAAUUUUUGGUACAGGUAUGGGACCUGUUAUCCAGAAUGCUCGGGACCUGGGGUUUUCCGGAUAACGGAUCUUUCUGUAAUUUGGGUCUUCAUGCCUUAAGUCUACUAGAAAUUCAUUUAAACA